GGACAGCCAAAAGACGCUCCAGCGCAAGUUCCUCAAAUGUUUUCCUGCGUUGCCAGGACCGGCUGCUUCUCUGAGUCAUGUGCGAGCGGGGAGGCGCGCUGACGCCGAGCGGGCCCAGUGCGAGCCGAGCCGACAGCCGCGCGCGGAGCCGAGGGACACUCCGUGUGUGCGAAGCGCGGGGUCUGUGGCGAUGGGGGCUGCCCCUGGGGCUUGAGCCCGCCCGCCGCCCCGCCCCUGCUGCUUGGUUCCCGCCCGCCCGCCCGUCUGCCUUUUGGGGACGGUGGGACAUUGGCAGAGGAGGAAGCAUGCUGGCCGUCCACUGCGCACUGCUGGCCGUCCUGCUGGCCGCCCCGGGGGUGGCGCUGGUCCAGGACUGCCCUGAGCUUGAGGUGGCGAGUGAUGUGUUGACCAGCCUACCGGGCAGCAGUGUUACUCUGACCUGCCCAGGGACAGAACCAGAAGACAACACCACAGUGGAGUGGGUGCUGGGGAACCCGGCCCCAGACUCACAGCCCAGGAGAUGGGCUGGUGUGGGCAGUAGGCUGCUUCUGAGGUCAGUGCAGCUCAGUGAUUCUGGGAACUAUUCGUGCUACCAAGCUGGCCGCCCCGCUGGAUCUGUGCACCUGCUGGUAGAUGCCCCUCCUGAGGAACCCCAGCUCUUCUGCUUCCGGAAGAGCCCCCUCCGAAGCGUUUACUGUGAGUGGAGUCCUCAGAACCCUCCCUCCCCAACGACAAGGGCUGUGCUGCUGGUGAAGAAGUUUCAGAUCAGUCCGGGGAAAGAAUUCGUGAAGCCGUGCCACUACUCUCAAGAGUCCCAGAAGUUCUCCUGCCAGUUGCCAGUGCGAGAGGGGGACUCCUCUUUCCAUGUAGUGACCCUGUGUGUCGCCAACAGUGUGGGGAGCAAGACCAGCAGGACCCUGACAUUUGAGGGCUUUAGAAUCCUGCAGCCUGACCCACCUAUCAACAUCAUUGUCACUGCUGUGGCCAGAAAACCUCGCUGGCUCAAUGUCACCUGGAAAGACCCCUACUCUUGGAACUCAUCAUUCUACAGGCUUCGGUUUGAGGUCCGAUACCGAGCAGAACAGUCAAAGACAUUCACAAAAUGGAUGGUCAAGGGUCUCCAGCAUUACUGUGUUAUUCAUGACGCCUGGGCAGGCAUGAGGCAUGUGGUGCAGCUUCGGGCCCAGGAGGAAUUUGGGCAAGGACAAUGGAGCCCGUGGAGCACAGAGGCCAGAGGCACCCCUUGGAAAGAACCCAUGAGUACUCCUGCAGCGGAGGUGUCCAUCCCCACGCAGGAACCUACUACUAACACAGAGGACGAGGAUGUGUACCCUGAAGAUUCUCCAAAUACAACAAGCCCAGUGCAACAGCCUUCUUCAGAACCACUGCCCAUGUUCCUGGUAGCUGCAGGAAGCCUGGCCUUCGGGACGCUCCUCUGCAUCGGCAUUGUCCUGAGGUUCAAGAAGACAUGGCAGCUGCAGACUCUGAAAGACAGCAAGACCACCGUGCACCCACCGUAUGCCUUGGGGCAGCUGGUCCCCGAGAGGCCCACACCCACCCCAGUGCUUGUUCCUCUCAUCUCCCCGCCGGUGUCCCCCAGCAGCCUUGGGUCUGACAAUACCCUGAACCAUAGCCAACCAGAUGCCAGGGAGCCCCGGAGCCCUUAUGACAUCAGCAAUCAAGACUACUUCUUCCCCAGAUAGCUGGCAGACUGGGUGCCAGGGUUGCUGACCGCCAGGGUGACGGAGCACGGCUCAGUGAAAGGCGCUCCUGACUGCCAAGCCAGCCCUCAGGGGCGUGGGGCCUCUGGCUUCGCUAUUACAGAACAGCUUCGCACCCUUCCACUCUGGAGGAAAAAUGAGUUUGCUCCAUCUGUUCAGAAGGAAAAGGUGGUUGAAUUUUCAAAGCUCCCUUCCCAAAUGCCCUGCUUAAAGGUGCUGGAGUGAACACGGGCCAUGUCAAGACUCUGCUGGACGCCCAGGGGGCACGACCUGGGGAAGCCACGGUGUGAGAAGCUGCUGGCCGCCACCCUCGCCGGCCACUCCUCAUGCUGCAGCCUUAGGCAGGCGGGAUGUGUGUCCAGCCAACGAUCCCCCAACACCCGGCUCCUGGCCCCUAAGCCUGUUUCUCUCCCACCUCAAACUCUUGGAACCCCAGUGCCCUUCGCAGGUGCACUUUUCUAGGCUUCAGGAUGGCUUUUACUUAAACCACAGAGGCUGAGGGAAGAAGGCUCUCCUGCCUUUCUUCCCCACACUUGAAAACGGGUGGGGGUGGGUGGGGGAAUAACACAGUAUCUCAGGACGAGAUGGUUUUAAGUGGAAUUAUAAUUAGUCUCUCAUUAGCAUUUUGCUAAAUGUGAAUGAUAAUCCUAGGCAUUUGCCAAAUACAGAAGCCACUGCACUGGCUUUAGAUCUCAGGAAUUCUGGAGGGAGAAGCGGAGAUGAAGGAGGGGAGUGGAGGAUGGGGUCUCCGUGGUCUCCUGUGGUGGGGAAGCUGAGGGCGCCCACAGCCUCUGAAAGGUUCUCUGCUCCACCAAUGGAAAACAGGCAAUAGAGCAGGCUUCUGCUAGGGUUGAGACCCAAACUGUUUUAUUCUAGCUUUAUUUUUUCAACUGAGGGAAGAUAAUGAUCAUGUGAAAAGAGAAAAAACCCAGCAAGAAUGUUUUUUAAUUUGAUUUUUAAAAAUUGCUGACUAGGGCGGCUCCUGUGGCUCAGUCGGUAAGGCGCCGGCCCCAUAUACCGAGGGUGGUGGUUUCAAACCCAGCCCCGGCCAAACUGCAACCAAAAAAUAGCCGGGCGUUGUGGCAGGUGCCUGUAGUCCCAGCUACUUGGGAGGCUGAGGCAAGAGAAUCGCUUAGGCCCAGGAGUUGGAGGUUGCUGUGAGCUGUGUGAUGCCACGGCACUCUACCGAGGGCCAUAAAGUGAGACUCUGUCUCUACAAAAAAAAAAAAAAAAAUUGCUGACUAUUUCCUCUGCUGAGUGUGGAAAAUCCAGUAAUCGCUGGGUGUCAGUGUAUAAAUAAUUUGGGGGUGGGGGGAGGACGGGAGGAUAGUCACUUCAUCUAGCCCCAAACUGAGUGAAAUGAAAAAAGGAGGAGGAGAAAAAAUAUUUUUCCCUACAAGAGAAGAGAUUCUGGUUUCAUUCUGUGUUUUGUUUUUGUUUUAAAAAGUGGAAAGAUAGCCUACCUCCUCUCCACUCCGGGGAAAGCAGCUUGUGACUUCAUAACCCCAGUGGUUAAGCAGGAAAGUGCAUCUCACUCCCUCUCCUUAACACAGGGGAGCAGCCUCCCACGAUUACCAGGCAGGGUCCUAGAAAUUCCCCACCCCGUGAGGUCUCUGCUAUCAAAGUGGAGGUUCAUUUAAAAAUUCCUAACCUCAAUGCCUUCCUCUUUUUGUUUUCCUAGAGGUUGAUUCAGCUUAGCUGGAAACGAAACACCAACUAAAUGUGUAGUCCGGACGUUGUGACUAACACUUCAGCUGACUUUUCUGUCCAGGGUUCAAAAAAAUAGUGAUUAGUGGUUACCCAGACAGGUGCUCUCCAGUCCUGGGGUAUCCCUGUGUGGCACUGUGAUUAAUUUCAGUCAUGUAGUCACGGACUCCAAUUUUACUAGACCACAGAGCUUUUCUAGUAGUCUGCCCUUUUAGAAAAACCACCACCACCCGCAGACAGGUACAAAAGGAUGAAAAUGACUGUUUUAUUUGCUGUUUGCUGGGUUCAAGCUAUUGAUAUCUUAAGCAAGUAGUGAUUUUCUUUGGGGGCUUCGGACCUUUUAGAUCCUGUUGUUGCCUCAAGCAGCUCAUCUGAAGUUGACAAAAGCCAGGUGUUUAUGGUGUGGUUGUUUUUUUUCUCUAUAAAGUUUCUGGGACUUAAACAGCAAAAAUGCUGUUAAAGGGAAAUAUUAAAAAUGAGAAUCUGCACAAGAAAGGGUGAUUCUGUGCCCACGGUUCUUUAAUUCUUUACUGUUUUACCCACAUCCAGUACUACCAAAGCUGGCAGAGCCCUGCUAGUGGAAGAUGUGAAAUCCAGAUAUCAUUAUCGCUCAGAGCGAGGCAGCUUUGAUCUCCAAAUUGUUAUUGCUUUCAUUAUUAUUGUAACGGAACUGCUUGUUUUUGUUCUUUUUUUUAAUUGAAGAAGGGUUUUUUCCUUCAUUUUUCAUAAGCUAGUACCAAUGAAGGAGGUGUCUGUGUCCCGCAGGCCUCACUCAGUGCAACACAGAUCUAUGGCCUGAGCUUUCUCUGUGGUGACUGGACAUGAGUCUGACCCACAGGCCCGUCUUACCUGUGUCUCUGGAGCGCACCUGCUGCCUUGCACGCUCAGUAGAGCUGCGGCUCACCUCUCACCUGCCACUGUCCGCCACGCAGCCGGAUGUGAAAUGUCGGCACAGAGACAAUUUAGAGUAAGCAUGACAACUUUUUAGGUAGGAAAAGCAAAAAAAUAGGCUGGUUCAAGGUCUAAAAAUUAAAGUGAUCUCAUUAAUUCUUGAAGCAUUAAUGAAAUAUUUUCAAAGAUGUAUUUGUGAAGCCUUUGGUAAACCUGAGACCUCUUUGCUCUGAGGAGACAUUGCCCUGGUGCUUUGUUCACCAGACUCUGAGCUCAACCCCGAGUCCCCGGCAGGUCCCUGCUGCUCUGGGAGAAAGGAAACUGGUCACGAUGAAACAGUGCAGAGCCUGCCCUUGGAGCUAGGCGGGGAGCCCACUUGGUGGAGAAAAGGGCCCAGUGGGGCAGGCUGGGUGUGUGUGUGGUUUGUGGGUUUUCUGGAGAAUAUUCAAGAAAGCUCUGCACAGCUGAGCUGUGUCAUCUCAGGGCCUUAAGGCUGAUCCAGCUAGGGAGGAUGCUAACGCCCAGCUCCAGGUGGAGUUGAUGAGAAAUUGUCUUAAUUUGGAGACACGGGGGUAACCCAUGGUCCACUGGGGCCUGAACCCCAUGCCCACCGUUCUAUGUAGCUAUUGGCAGCAGGCUGCUGGGGGAUGGGCAGGCCAACCAGGCCACUGGGCCACAUGCUCUUGAGUGUCCCAUAACGGUCCUUUCAGCCUCCUGUCCUCAGUGUGGCGGGUGCCAGCACCAGGGGUCUCCAUGGCAACCUUAGUGAUUAUUAAGGAACACUGUUUUCUAAGAAGUACUUUAGAAGGAAAGGGUUGGAACAGCAUGUAGCAAGUCUGUUAAUUGAUAGCCUCUACUGGAAUGAAAUCAUGCCUGUUAAAUAGAAUACCUCAACUCUGUUCUGUUUGCUUGAGGAGAAAUGAUAGUUUUAAGUUUUUGGUUGUUUUUUUUACCUAAUUACCUGAAAGCCAAUACCAAAGGCUGAUGUCUGUAUACAGGGCAAAGUGUCAAUGUGGUAUGUUUUACAAUGUUUUUUCUUUUAACCAGCUAUUUUGCAUUUAAAGUGGAAAUUGUAAAUGUUUGCAAUAAAUAAUUUCUAAAAACA